GAAAUACUUAUCUUAUCGCUCUCUUUACUUCUUAUCAGCACAGAGUCCAUCAAGAUUAGGCUGAAGUCUCGUACCGAGCUGUAGCUUUCCCCUCAAUCUGCGUCCAGCACUAACGCCAUGACUCCGCCGUAACCGUGCAGAUUCAAGGCUGACAACAGCCCCCCAAUCCUCCUCGCUUAUCGUUGUCAACGAUAACAUAUCUUCGGAUUGUCAUCUUACAAUGAAACUGGUUUCUUGACGCAUCUCAUAUCCGAAGCCGCACAAACAUGUCCAGCGAGUCACAACCGACAGCAGAGGUCACUGGCCCAACAGCAUUCUGGAUCCUCGCCUCUCUAGCAUCAGCAGCAGCAGCACAACCGUCUGGCAAUCGAAAACGAGACAAUGACCUCUUCGGAGGCAAUGUCGAUAUCGUUCGCUCUAUCCCCGCCGUCUGUCUCAUCGAUUCAAUCUUUGACUUGUUUGUACUGGCCGGAGGUAUUUCGAGAUUUUUGUCGUCACACAAUUCGACUCAGCAGACUCGUCGCAACUCACCAAAAGCCACUGGCCUGGUCAUCAGAUUAGCCUUGACAAUAUUUACCGUCCUGCCACAGACCAUCAAAGUCUUUAGUCUCCAGGGCGUACCUGCGACGCAAAUUUGUGCUUUUAUCUUCUUCUUUGCCAAUAUUACCAAGCUUCUGGUAUCCAUUUGUGGAUGGGAGCCAGAAGGGAUCCUCCAAGAGAAGGAUGAUUCAACGUCAAUUGAUGUCUUAUUGUCGUCAGUACUCCAAGCGCCAUUCGAGUUUUGGAUAUGGUUUAAUAUCAGCCGACAAGCCUCUUUCAAACUUUCCACGGAGGUGGAAAAUCUUUGCGAAUGGGCCGCGAUGGUUGUUACCUUCUCCAUGGUAUUGCAGGUCGUCAUAUGGAUUGCGUAUCUGGUCGCGCGACGACGCCUAGACCUCUCGAGAUCACUCUAUAUAGUACCGAUGCGAGGUUUUUACUUGGUCAUGGUGGUCCUUGGGCUUGCAAGACAGCCUUCUGCGAGGACUCCAUCGCAAGCGACGAUCAAGCCGCCACCGAGGUGGAUGGACGUAUUCAAUUAUAGUUCGGGCUUAAUCAUCUGUACCGCCAUUGUCAGCAUAGCUAUCGCCAAGCUAUUGGAGUCGAUCGGAACUCUUUUAGCAUUCUUGUUGUCUCGUGGUAGCUUGGAAGACGAACAGAGCGGGCAAUCGGAGGUGCAAUUCACCUCGGGUGAAGAUACCGCUGAAGAGCAGGAUGAGACCAGGGAACAGAUGUUUGCGGGUCAUCCUGAAGCAUGGCUGGGAAGGAUAGGCGUUGCUCCGGAUCAAUUGGUUAUGCGGGGCCUCACGUUGAACACGACAGCCAGCACGAGCAUUACGCUGACACUGUUCAACUUUAUCACUACUGUCUUCUACUAUCUCGUGUACUUUGAUGGGACUGGGACAGAAAAUCCCAGUUGGACAAGUGUCUUAGGGUAGUGGCUGAUAGGAGCACAACCUUUGCCUAUUUUAUAUCAAGCUCUGGGUCAGGAAUGUUAAGGAUAGGACCAAACGGUAUUACGGUGCAUAAAUGAAACAAUGACAGUCUAAUGACAACCCUGAUAUAUAUAUCUAUCUCUAAAACAACCAUGAAUUACAUAAUAAAAGACAAGAUCCAUCGC